CCAUCAUGUCAACAAUACUAUGGCCGCCAUUGCCAGACGCCUCGCCUUCGUCACUUGCCCGACGCGCAGAAGAGACUCGACAUCGUGAACUGUCAUGGCUGCUCGACGCGCUCCAGGAGACUCUCUCGAGCUUGAACGCUCUGCUGGCACCACAAGAACAAGGCAGCACCCUGGUCGUCUCCUCGCACCGCAGCGAGGCCAUCAAGGGCUUCAUUACGCGCAACGGCUCCAACAUCACCAAAGGCGACAUGCAGCUGCGUCUCGCUUCGCUACCGCCUCCACGCGGCCAGACGAGCUACAAACUCUCCAUCUCGACCUCUCCCUCCGCUCCUGCUCUCCGACUGAAACAGAUCGCCGAAGUCAGGACUCUGAUCAACUCGAGCUUGGAUGUUGUUGAUGCCACGACAUGGACUGGCGACAAGCGCGACGCAAAUUUCAUCUCGGGCCAGUUGACUCUGUUGCACGAGAACAUCCGCGAUGCGAAAGCUGCCCUCAAGGGCCCACCUACUGCCGACGAAGCCGAUAAGACCUGGGCUUCUGAACCUCUCGAUGACAAGCAUAGCAGACGCCGCUCUACUCCUUCACGUUCCUCCACGCCUCUUGGUGGCGCCCCUUCGUUUACUGGCUUCGGCCUCCGCGACAGACUUGCACAUGCACUCGGUGCCGGUCCACGACCCCCUGCUCACGACGAAGCCGAGGACGUCUUCACAUAUCGUGGCGCCCACGUCAAGGUCAAGGAGAAGGUGAGGGUCGAGAGCCAAGAUCCAAGUUUGAUCAGCGCCAUGGCUAAACUGGCCGCCCUGGAGCAUUCUGUUGAGCUAGGAACAAGAGCUUUGGAUGUCGUCAUGGCCAAGGAUGAUGAGGAUGACGACCGCGAGUCCGGGACAACCAGGAUGCCCAAUCUCUAUGCCGAGUACCUGCCCAAUAUCAAGACUCUGGCUAUCACGACAGUACUAGAGACCCCUAGGAACGACUUUACUACGCUGUCGCUAUCGGACGACCGUGCAAAGCUUGUUCUUGAGCACGACCACCAUACUAACAGUAUAGCGCUGCCAGCGAGGAUUUCUGACCAAGGGACUCAACAUUUACAGCUUCCGAACGCAGGCGAGUCGCAUUGUGUGAAUCGCAUAUCGGCAGAACCCAUUUUUGGCGAGCAAGAACCCCUUGUUCUCUGGUCUGCGGCUCAUCUUGAUCCACAAACGACAGUGCACUGCAAACACUGCGAUGCGCUAGUAUCCGACGACAAGAUCCAAGUUUGGAAAAAUCUUCCAUCCGAAGCUUGGGCUGAGAUGAUGGACCUAUGGCAUUGCCACAAACCUGAUGAACCCGAACAUAAUCACGACGAAGCACCGACGAAGAAAGGCUAUGCUGCUGGCAACAAGCUCAUGGCUCAGGUUGGUGUUGGUCUAGUUGACGUGAUGAGUUUCCUUCUNUUUGAAGACGAUUGCACUGUCGAGUGUCGGUCAUCUGAGAAUAGCGACAACAUCCAUCAAGCCCAUUGCAAGACAUGUGACACGCUUCUAGGCUAUCGCGAUCCUCAAACCGAGGGCGUCCGUUUACAAAAACCAUAUCUUGCUCUAUCAUCCAAGAAGGAUAGCACACUACAAUCCUACGACGCAGCAGAUUGGUUCUCUUAUUGCCUCAACCAAGCGAUAGAAACCCAAGGUGUUCGCAAAUUCGUGUUCCCUGCUCUCCCCUAUGAGAUCUGGGUGUUCUCGACAAACUUGGCCUACUCGUCUUCAGCAUGCCCGGAUCCCAAGCAAGCCAUGAAGGUCUUGUUUAGAGCUAGAGAAGGUGAUCAAGAUGUCGAGACGCUGCGGGCGGCCAAUCUCUUGAUUGAAACGCUGACUUUGCCGCCAAUCUUGGAAAAGCUGUUAUAUGAGGUUCUACAACAGAAAAACUCGGAACUGCCAGAGAGUCUGAAGGUUUUCAUGGGGUGGAAGGUUGCAGUGUUGCCUGUUCUGUACAGCUCU